AAUUGCCUGGCUGUCUAAAAUUUGCCGAGUUAUAUGGUGUGCGUGAUUUUUCGCAAUUUUCCGACUCUAACGGUGAAAAUAAACUAAUUUUGUGACUUAAACGGGUUAAGUUUUUGGAGUAAUAUUCUGUUAGUACAUCGUUCUGCUUCAAAAUGUCCGCGAAGGCCAUAAGGGAAGCUACCGGAAAGGACAUAAUAAACAGGCAGUUGGCCGGCAAUACGGCCGCCGCGUCGUGCAGAUUCGCGUCCGUCGACUCGGACACGAAGUUCUCGGAGCUGGUAGCGAACAACCCGUGGCUGAAGACUGAAAAAUUAGUCGUCAAACCGGACCAGCUUAUCAAGAGGAGAGGAAAAUUAGGACUGAUUGCCGUAAACAAAGACCUGGACGCGGUGCAGAAAUGGAUAGCGGAGCGCAUGAACAAGGACCAGAAGGUGGGCUCCGCCACCGGCAAACUCCGCAACUUCAUAAUAGAACCCUUCGUGCCCCACAAGGAGAACGAGGAGAUGUACGUCUGCAUAUACUCUCACCGCCACGCCGACACCAUCCUCUUCUACCACCAGGGCGGCGUGGAUAUAGGGGACGUGGACAGCAAGGCGGUCAAGCUGGACGUGCCGAUCGGGGAACACACCGAUGAGGAUGCCAUAACGAAAACGUUGUUAAGGGACGUGCCUGCCUCCAAGAAAGCCAUGGUGGCUAAGUUUGUUUAUAAUCUGUACAAGUUAUACGUCGACUUAUAUUUUACGUACCUCGAGAUCAACCCCUUGGUUGUGACGGAUAAGGAGAUUUAUAUUUUGGACCUGGCCGCCAAGUUGGACACUACGGCGGACUUUAUUUGCAGGCCCCAGUGGGGCGAAAUUGAGUAUCCGCCUCCGUUCGGAAGGGACGCUUAUCCAGAAGAAGCGUAUAUCGCCGACUUGGAUUCUAAGUCGGGGGCAAGCUUGAAAUUGACGAUUCUCAACAAAUCGGGGAGAAUAUGGACUAUGGUGGCUGGGGGCGGUGCCUCUGUUAUCUACAGUGAUACCAUUUGCGCUUUGGGCGGUGCUAGCGAAUUGGCGAACUACGGGGAAUAUUCGGGCGCUCCUUCUGAACAACAGACCUACGAAUACGCCAAAACCAUCCUUUCCCUCAUGACCCAGGAGAAGCACCCACAGGGAAAGGUCCUCAUCAUAGGAGGGGGUAUCGCGAAUUUCACCAACGUCGCCGCCACCUUCAGAGGUAUCAUUACGGCCUUGGUGGAAUUCCAGGGAAAACUGAUCGAGCACAAGAUAUCCAUCUUCGUCAGGAGGGCCGGGCCCAACUAUCAGGAGGGGCUGAGGCGGAUGAGGGAGGUCGGGCAGACUUUGUCCAUUCCGCUGUACGUUUUUGGUCCCGAGACCCACAUGACCGCCAUCGUGGCCAUGGCACUAGGAAUCCGUCCGAUACCGCAGGAGAACAACGUGGAAACCGCCACGGCGAAUUUUGCGUUACCCACCGGCGAGAAGCAGCCGAACAAACAGAAGCUGCUGUCCCAGAAUAAGGAGCCCGUGAAACCGUCCGUUGUUUGCAGCAGGAACGCCAUGGAAAAUAUACCAAACCCAAUAGAAAUAAGACCUCACACUAGUAAUAAGGGCGAUUCGAAGUCGUCUCCGUUGUUCACCAACACCACCAAGUCGAUAAUCUGGGGCAUGCAGAACCGCGCCAUCCAGAGCAUGCUGGAUUUCGACUUUGUCUGCCGCAGGAACGAACCUAGCGUAGUGGCGAUAAUCUACCCGUUCACGGGCGACCACAAACAGAAGUUCUACUGGGGUCACAAAGAGAUCUUGAUCCCGGUGUAUAAGCAAAUGAAAGACGCCAUGACGAAACAUGCCGACGCCGACGUGCUGGUCAACUUCGCCUCGUUGCGUUCCGCCUAUCAGAGCACCCUGGAUACCUUGGAGUUUCCACAGAUCAGGACUAUCGCUAUUAUAGCGGAGGGGAUCCCCGAGAAUCUAACUAGGAAGCUCAUCAAGCAAGCCGACCAGAAGAAGGUUACCAUUAUAGGCCCUGCGACGGUCGGCGGAGUGAAACCGGGCUGUUUUAAGAUCGGUAACACGGGCGGCAUGAUGGACAACAUCCUGCAUUCGAAACUGUACAGACCGGGAAGCGUAGCUUACGUGUCGAGGUCGGGGGGGAUGUCUAACGAACUCAACAAUAUCGUGUCCAAAGCGACGGACGGAGUUUAUGAAGGCGUUGCGAUCGGCGGGGACAGAUAUCCCGGGAGCACUUUCAUCGACCACAUCAUGAGGUAUCAGGAAGACGAGAGCAUUAAGAUGAUCGUGUUGUUGGGCGAAGUGGGCGGUACGGAGGAGUACGAAGUUUGCACGGCGAUCGAGACGAAGCAGAUCACGAAACCGCUCGUCGCUUGGUGUAUAGGUACCUGCGCUGGAAUGUUCACAUCCGAGGUCCAGUUCGGACACGCGGGUUCCUGCGCCAACUCGAACAAGGAGACGGCGAAUGCGAAGAACGAGGCGCUCGCCACGGCUGGUGCCCAUGUACCUGAAUCUUUCGAUUUCUUAGGUGACGUAAUACAAAACGUAUACGAACACUUAGUCAAGCAGGGGCACAUCGUGCCCGCCCCGGAGGUCCCGCCCCCAACCGUGCCCAUGGACUACAACUGGGCCAGGGAGUUGGGCCUCAUCCGUAAACCGGCCAGUUUCAUGACUUCGAUUUGCGACGAACGCGGCCAGGAAUUGAUUUACGCUGGUAUGCCCAUAUCCGACGUCCUACAGAAGAACGUCGGGAUCGGCGGCGUAAUUUCCCUGCUCUGGUUCCAGAGGUGCCUGCCCCCCUACUGCUGCAAAUUCUUCGAGAUGUGUCUGAUGGUGACGGCCGAUCACGGACCGGCCGUUUCUGGGGCCCAUAACACGAUCGUUUGUGCUCGUGCUGGCAAGGAUCUGGUUUCCAGCUUAGUGUCGGGCCUGUUGACCAUCGGAGAUAGGUUCGGUGGGGCUCUGGACGGUGCCGCCAAGACGUUCAGCGAAGCCUACGAUAAAGGAAUGCACCCGACGGAGUUCGUCAACCACAUGCGCAACAAGGGCCAACUCAUCAUGGGUAUCGGCCACAGGGUCAAAUCCAUAAACAACCCCGACCAGCGCGUUAAGAUCGUCAAGGAGUACGUGAUGGCAAACUUCCCGCAAACGCCGCUCCUGCAGUACGCACUCGAAGUGGAAAAGAUAACGACGAGCAAGAAGCCCAACCUCAUCCUUAACGUGGACGGAGUCAUAGCGUGCGCCUUCGUCGACAUGCUCAAACACUGCGGCAGCUUCACCAGCGAAGAGGCGCAGGAGUAUAUCAAUAUCGGGGCGAUCAACUCCCUCUUCGUUUUGGGUAGGUCCAUCGGUUUCAUAGGGCACUACAUGGAUCAGAAGCGAUUGAAGCAGGGGUUGUACAGACAUCCCUGGGACGACAUUUCGUACGUUUUGCCCGAACAGUAUAGCAACGAUAACUAGGUCCUACUGCAAUUAAGAAUUAAUAAGGCAAGGCUAGACGUACUAACUGGGUUUAGCUGAAUUUCUUUAAAAUUUUAUUUUUUUUAUGAAAUAGAUAUAAUUCGUAAACUUUAGGUGGUAACAAUAUGUUAGUGUGAUGUUAGGCGUCGUCUUUACGGCUGAAAUGUUUUAAUUCUCAAACUAGGUCUAAUUUUCACGACAACGAACCGCUGAUGCAUUUCUUGUUUAUAGAAAAAAGGGUAAUGAUAAAUUAACGUGGAAAGAAACUUUUUUUUAGCUUGCUAUAAAACUAUUUAAAAAACACUCGUAAAGUAUUUUUUUUAAUGUUUAGAUCAGAUUUUGUACUUUUUCUUUCGUUGUAAUAUCUUUAUGGUUAAUUUAAGGACCAUUAUGUUAUAAAUAUUAUUUCUAAGACAUGUUUAAAAAGUUAUUCCAUUAUUUAUUUCAUUUGAAGUGGAUAUUUAUAUUUUUAUAUAUAGAUGUGUUUGAUGUGAGUAAUCGUAGCCGUGGAGUAAACGGCAUUUUAAAAAAAUAUUUAUGUACUGUUGUGUGUACAUUUCUUGUAGUUACGUUUUAUGUAUUUUAUCUUCUAAAUAAAAAUAUUUAUUAAAAUAAAUUUAAUUUUAA